CUCAGGCCGUGGCCACGGAACAUCUCAGUUGCUGUGUGGAGGGAUUUGACGGAGGGACGCUCCUGUACAUGGACCAUCACUGCGCUGCAGUCCGCCUCCUGCUCUCGCUCGCACGCACACACACACACACACGCGCGCGCGCGCGCGCACGCUUGCAUGGAACGCCUCGAUGAAAUGCGGACGGCGGAGACGAGGCGCGUGUGAAGCUCGUAAUUUUUGCAUGUCAGGAGCGGAGGAACUGGUCGCCGGCUCCGCGGCUGUUCGUCUUUUCUCAGCGCUUCCCCCCGUGAGCCACUCUAAUUAAUCGGAGGCAUGUGGAAUCGCACCAGGAUUAGGAGUCGCUUCCCAACGGCGUGGCUGCUUCUGACGUUAUGGACGGAGGUGUCCCAGUCCACCGGCUAUUUCGAGCUGCAGCUGAUCUCCGUGGAGAACGUCAACGGCGAGCUGGCGGACGGCGAGUGCUGCGACGGCCCGCGGAGCCCGCAGGACCUGCGCUGCACGCGCGACGAGUGCGACACGUACUUCCGAGUGUGCCUGAAGGAGUACCAGACGGUGGUCACCACCGGCGGCCCGUGCACCUUCGGAACCGGAUCCACGCAAGUUCUCGGUGGAAAUAUGUUUUCUUUUAAGAGCGUGAAGAAUAACCCGAAUAAAGUGGACGAGGCUGGAAAGAUCCGGAUCCCCUUCACGUUCGCGUGGCUGCGGACAUACACGUUGAUCGUAGAGGCCUGGGACUGGGACAACGAAACACGCAACAACGAGGACGAGCUGCUGAUCGAGCGCAGCGUUCAGACGGGCAUGAUCAACCCCGGCGACCACUGGCAGACCAUCCUGCACGACGGCCCCGUCGCCCGCCUCGGCUACCGCAUCCGGGUGCAGUGCGACGACAACUACUACGGCAACAAGUGCAACAAACUGUGCACCCCCCGCGACGAUUACCUGGGCCACUACCGCUGCGACUCCUCGGGGGACCAGGUCUGCCUGGACGGCUGGAUGGGGCCCGAGUGCAAGAGCGCCAUUUGCAAGCAAGGCUGCGACCUGUUACAUGGAUUCUGCUCGGUCCCGGGACAAUGCACGUGUAAAUACGGCUGGCAGGGCCAGUUCUGCGACGAGUGCAUGCUCUACCCCGGCUGCGUCCACGGGACCUGCGCCGUCCCCUGGCAGUGCAAUUGCGAGACCAACUGGGGCGGCAUUCUGUGCGACAAAGACCUGAACUACUGCGGCCACCACCAUCCGUGUGUGAACGGAGGCACCUGCAUGAACACCAAGCCGGACGAAUACCACUGCGCCUGUCCACACGGAUACACGGGCAGGAACUGCCAGAUCGCCGAGCAGGCCUGCCUCUCCAACCCCUGCUCCAACGGUGGUACGUGCCAUAAGGUUCCUGCAGGCUUCGAGUGCAGGUGUCCGCCCGGUUGGGGGGGUCCGACCUGCGCCAGCGACCUGGACGAGUGUGCGUCCAGCCCCUGCGCCCGGGGGGGAACUUGCAUUGACCUGGAGUAUGGCUUUGAAUGCCUGUGUCCCCCCCAGUGGGAGGGGAAGACCUGCCAGAUAGAUGCUAAUGAGUGCUCUGGGAAUCCCUGUGUGAACGCUUACUCUUGCAAAAAUUUGAUUGGUGGAUAUCACUGCAGCUGUUUUCUGGGAUGGUCCGGACCAAACUGUGACAUCAACAUCCACCGGUGCCACGGUCAGUGCCAGAAUGGAGCGACAUGCCAGGAGGGAACCACGGGCUACCACUGCCAGUGUCCUCCAGGGUUCGCGGGCGCUCACUGUGAAAUCCAGAGGAACCAAUGUGACGGCAGCCCGUGCCAAAAUGGCGGCCGCUGCCACACGGUGCUGGGCGGCUUCGUGUGCGAGUGCCCACCGGAGUUUGUGGGACAGCUGUGUGAGCUCCCAAGCUGGCCCCCCGCCGAUGCCUGUGACCCAAACCCUUGUGAGAACGAGGCCAAGUGCCACAGCAUGUACCAGGACUUCUACUGCGCGUGUCCUGAAGGCUACGAGGGCAAAACCUGCGAGCGGCUCCGGGACGCCUGCCGGACGGCCCCGUGUCAAGUGAUUGACAGCUGCACUGUGGCUGUGGCGACCAACGACUCCUCGGAGGUGCAGAACGUCUCGUCCAACGUGUGCGGGCCCCAGGGGCGCUGCGUCAGCGGGCCAGCGGGGAACUUCAGCUGCGAGUGCGAGGCCGGCUUCAGCGGCAUCUACUGCCACGAGAAUAUCAACGACUGCGUGGACAACCCCUGCAGGAACGGAGGGACCUGCAUCGACGGCGUCAACUCCUUCGAGUGCAUGUGUCAUGCUGGCUGGCAGGGCAGCCUCUGCGACAUCAACGUCAACGAGUGCAGACACAACCCCUGUAAGAACGGCGGGCGCUGCGUCGACCUGGUCAACGACUUCUACUGCGAGUGCGCCGACGACUGGAAGGGGAAGACCUGUCACUCCCGCGAGAGCCAGUGCGACGCCACCACCUGCAGCAACGGAGGCACCUGCUACGACCACGGGGACGCCUUCCGCUGCGCGUGUCCACCCGGCUGGGGAGGAAACGCCUGCAACACGGCCAAGAACAGCACGUGUGCCUCCAGUCCUUGUUCCAACGGUGGAACCUGUGUGGGAGGAGGAGACGCCUUCACCUGCAUCUGCAAGGACGGAUGGGAAGGCCCCACCUGUGACCAGAACACAGACGACUGCAACCCUCACCCUUGUUAUAACGGAGCGAUAUGUGUGGACGGCGUCAACUGGUUCCGCUGCGAGUGUGCCCCCGGCUUCGCUGGACCAGACUGCAGAAUUAACAUUAACGAGUGCCAGUCAUCGCCGUGUGCCUACGGCGCCACCUGCGUGGACGAGAUCAACGGUUUCCGAUGCAUCUGUCCGCUCGGCAGAACCGGCGUGCGCUGCCAAGAGUUCAUAGGUGUUGGGAGGGCCUGUCACUACGCUGGACUGCAGUUUCCACACGGCAGCCGCUGGGAGGAGGAGUGCAACGACUGCCACUGCUUGAACGGCAGAGUGGCCUGUACCAAGGUGCUGUGUGGUCGUCGUCCCUGUCGGCUCAGUCCGUCGGAUCGGGACCAGCGGCAGCAGUCCUGUCCGCCUGGACGCCAGUGUCUGGAGCACAAGUACUUCACGUGCUUCUCCCCACCUUGCAACCACUGGGGGGUCUGUUCCAUGGCUGGAUCGCCGCCUCCUCAAGCAGCCACCAAGUGCCAGCCAAACAGCGAGCACCUGGACAACAGCUGUGGCCGCAUCACGCUGGUUUUCGACCGAGUCAAAGUACCGCCCGGAACAACAGUGGAGAACAUCUGCUAUGAGCUGAGGCAUCUUCCCGUCACUCGCAGCUUUGCAAAGGACCACGAGCUUCUCCUGCUCUGUGACUCCUCGCAUUCAAACCCAGAUGCCAUCGAAGUGGCCAUAUCUUUCCAGCCAGAAGAUCUACAAAACCACAAUCUGAUCCAGGAGGCCGCCCUCUCCAUCGGGGGCACCCUGUCCAAACGACACAACAGCACCAUGAUGCUGGCAGUCGUUGAGGUGAACGUGAAAACGCAGGUCACACUCCUAUCAGUGGAUUACUGGGUGCCCCUGCUUUGCGUGCUCUUCUGCUUGUUCUGCCUCUUCUGCGUCGUCGCGUGCGUUUGGUGGAAACGGAAGCGGAGAAAAGAGCGCGAGAGGAACGCCACGGCCGCGGACGACAGCGUCAACAACCAGUGGGAGCCACUGUGGCUGGUGGUGGGACGACAGCAGCAGCAGCAGCAGCUGAAGGAGAGCAACAGGGAGGCCGAGCAGGAGCGCAAAAAGCUCAUGGGCCCCUCCUUUCGGACGUGUGACGGAGGGGAGGAGGAGGAGACGGAAAGCGAGCAUGAGCUGGAGGUGGUGUGUGGUGGAGCGGGGGGGGGCGGGCAGCCGGUGUAUAAGUACUCAAACACUGCAGAGCGGUCCAGUGGGGGAGUGAUCUGCACCCUGCACAGCUCCAGGUCCCCCCUCAAAGCGCCCCACCGGACCCCAGACUACAGCCCCAAAGACAACCGCUGGAAAAAGGCCGGGGCUGCCUUGACUGGUCAAACUGAUCACAGAGGUGUAAUUUAAAGACUCGCCAUGUGGGAGCGAGACAAGCUGCGCGGUGGCAGCUCUUCUUAUUUUCAUAUUACUUUUGGAAUGAAAAAAAACAAAGGCUUUUUAAUAAGCCAUGAUUUGCUUUGUCUUCGUGUUUUUGUCACUGUCGUCUGACUCAGGAGGCUCAGCACAGUGAACAUCCUUGUUUUUCCACUUUUAUUUUGUUUUAAUGUUGUACAGAAGGAGCUGAAAUGUAAAGAGUCAUUCGGGAGGCAAGAAUAAGCUCUGCAAUCUUUUUGUUAAUGGAACUGUACCAUUUAAGAAACUAUGAAUCAUCGAAAAGGAGCUGUAUAAAGAUGUUUUUGUUUGUUUACAGGCGAUUGUGGUUUAGUUAAACUGUCAGCGGGCUCCUGUUCAGAGGGAGCAGGACGAGGGAAGGAAGCGCUGCGUCUGCUGUAACAGAGGAAACCUUCGCUUUGCUCAGUCUCUUUCCAGCUUUGCCAGCCUUACCAAAACCCUGGGCCUGGAGGGGAGAGGGGACACAGACCCCAGUGCCUACUAUGUGGCCUUCCAUUUUGUUCUCCUGUGUCUCGGUUGUCUGGGCCGAAAGCACCGUCUGAGGAUCUUUUGCAGUAUUUGAGUUGGUAGCAAGUGCCUUUCUAGGAGCCGCGCCGAGGCUCCGAGUCGCGCUGCCCAGUUUGACCUCCUUUUUCCCAAAGGGAUGCGAGUGUACAUUUAGAGUUGAAUUUCACAGCAACGCCAUCCAAGGUAUUUGAUCAAAACAGAAAUGAAUACUCUGUACAUAAUGUGUAAAUACUAAAGGAGUCGCUGUGUAUAUUUGAAAUAAGUAAAUUAAAGACAAGUCACACAUUUUUAUUAUUGUUGUUAUUAUGAGUAAUAUUAUUUUUAUUUUUUUUUACAAUGCCAUUCCUUUUAUUUAUGCCAGUCAAAUCAGGCAGGUUUUAUAACAGUCCCACAGUUAAGGACCUUUACAGCGAGGUACCACCUACAGUACGAGGGGCUUUCUGAAGGGUUUACAAAUGGUUUGUCAGUUAAUGUCGACAUUUGUGACUUUUUGUUUAGUGCUUUAAGUUGUGUAACGUAAUCCAGUGAUUCCUUUAAAACCCCAAGUCACAGCUGUAACAUCAGAAUCAGCUGCACAGUACAAAGUCAUUCUGCUUCUUUUGUGUUUAAUGUUUGUGUUGGGGGGAAAACUUGACUGACACCAUCAGGAAAAUGUACAAAUAUUCAUGUUUUCUCUUUUUUCUUUCCAUGAUUUGAAACAGACAAAUGCAACUUGUACUUGAGUUAUUGCCUUGUCUUCUUUUACACUUUUUUUGAGUUUGAUUUCUGUUAAAAGGAUCACUGACUUAUUUCUCAGUCUGGAUUUGCUUCAUAAUAAUCAGCAGCAUCACAACAGCCUUAAAACGUUUUUAAACCAUUUCUAAACCCGUCACAAACCCUUUGCUUUCAGGUGCCUUCAUGUAAUGUGUGAAGCAUUAUUUGUGUAUUCAGUGAUCGUCUUUAUGUUGGUUUGUUUUCACUAUUUAGGAACGUAACUCUUUAAAACGUGUGGUGUACUGUGGCGUGUUUUAUUCGCCUGAGUAAAGUGCUCUCCUUUGUCUCAGUUUGCUGUUAUGGAGAUUUCUGAAACACAGAUGGGAGGCUUUCAAAGAAGUGUCAUGGAGUGUGGAUGUGGUAUCAUGCUUUAGCUUCAUGUCUGGUUUAAAGGCUUUAAUGAAGGGAACAAUACGUGCUGGUGCACGGUGUUUUGCUACCGUGCAAACGUGUUUUGGUUUGUUUGUUUGUUAUUUUUAAGUUACCAAACCUGUUCAAAAUGGCAAAGUUCCACCCUUUUUCAUGUCUUUGUCUCAAAACGCCAUCAUACUUUCUGUAAAUGGGACACGGCGAAAUAAAGGAUUCAAAACGCA